UUUAUUUUUUCUAGUUGGACCAGUUGAAGCUCAACCUGCUCUCUGGAGCUAGCCCAAUUGACGUACGUACACUUAAGGAAUGCGCCGCUAUAGCUAACGCCUUAGUCUCCUAUAGCUAACGCCUUACUCUCCGUCUGUGUAAACAACCUUUUAAACAAAUGAUACGUCACCAAUACAAGACUUUGAGGCGAAAUCAAGCAAACUGAAUUGUGCCGCGCACUUUAACUUCAUCCAUCGAAUUUUACUUCCGAAACAUUUGUGUUGCUUCGAUAUGGGAGUUGUAGUUUUCUUUAUCUCCCGGUUCAAGUCAAGUGCCCGAAGCUAAUGCAUCCGCCCUGUGUAUAAUAGUUGUUAGACACUGUUCACCUUGAGAGGCAUUAUCUAUUGUCAAAGCCUAGCUAAAAUAUGUAAUUUAAGGGUCCUGUUAAGUUUUCUAACCAAGGUUUUAGUGGGAGUUCUAUUAUUAGCGACAACUGCUCCGUGUGUGUCCCUCACAAGCGAUAUUCUAUAAAUAGAUUAACAUUGUUUCGUGUCAAGUUGUCGGUGAAUAGCUCAGAUUCUUACAAAAAAAAGCGACAUCAAGUCACACGGGCGGUGCAGCCCUCCUGACUACAGUUCCCAUGAAUCAACAGCCCAGCACAGUAGCGCAAUACUUAUGGCGCAUGCUCAGCAGAGCUAACUAGAUAUGUUGGCCAAAACAGCGGGUGAUAAAAUGCACAAGUUGAAGUCAUCACAGAGAGACAAAGUACGGCAGUUCAUGUCCUUCACGCAGGCGCAGGAGAGGACAGCCGUGUACUGCCUGACACAGAAUGACUGGAAACUAGAGGUUGCCACGGACAACUUCUUCCAGAAUCCAGACCUUUACUAUAAAGAAUCCAUGAAAAACUCAGUCGACCGUAAGAAGCUGGAGCAGCUCUACAACAGAUAUAAAGACCCACAGGAUGACAAUAAGAUCGGCAUAGAUGGGAUCCAGCAGUUCUGUGAUGACUUGACCCUGGACCCGGCAAGCAUGAGCAUACUGGUGGUGGCAUGGAAGUUUAGAGCAGCUACGCAAUGUGAGUUCAGCAAGAAAGAGUUCCUGGAUGGCAUGGCGGACCUUGGCUGUGACAGCCCCGACAAACUGAAGGCCAUCCUUCCCAGACUAGAGCAAGAGCUGAAAGACACAGGGAAGUUUAAGGACUUCUACCAGUUUACCUUUAAUUUUGCUAAGAAUCCUGGACAGAAAGGUUUAGAGUUAGAGAUGGCUGUGGCUUACUGGAAUUUAGUUCUCAGGGGCCGCUUCAAGUUUUUGGAUCUCUGGAACCGGUUCCUGACAGAACAUCACAAGCGUUCAAUCCCCAAAGACACAUGGAACCUUCUUCUAGACUUUGGAAAUAUGAUAGCAGAUGACAUGUCAAACUAUGAUGAAGAGGGAGCAUGGCCUGUUCUCAUAGACGACUUUGUGGAAUUUGCACGGCCAAUUGUGAUGGGAGGAAAAAGUGGCAUGACAUAGUGUUGGACGAUCAUGUCGUAACUGGACUUGACUACUCUCCUAGUUUUUUCUUUUUUUAUGUGAAUGAGGAUUUUUUAUACAAAUAAGCCAAAAAGAGAGACUUCCAUGGUAAUCUUGUCCACAGAGUUGUCGAAUGGUCCGCCUGCAUAAAAUGCCCGGUGGUACAAAGAUGACGCUGGACAAAUGUUUUUAUGUCAACUUCAAGUGGACUUUGAAAAUGAUGAUUACUUUGUGAUGAUUGGUACUAAACGUCCGUCAUCCUGCCGUGGACUUGGCCCACUGACUGGAUUCUUUUUGCACAAGGAGAGGGGACAUUCAGAGUGAUCUUUUUGGUGCAGCAGCAGUUUGUGUCUUCCUGUCACUGAAUGAAAAAGUACGUUGAAUCAUGCAUGUUUUUGUGCAAUGAAGCGGUGCCAUUUGGCGUUAGCUCUCUUGAAAACGAGAGAGAGAGCUGUACACUUGGUUUUCAUAGUUAUGAGAGUUCUGGGUUUGGUUCAUGCAGAAUCUUUUUAUUCGCUUUUAUAACAAGAAGAAAUUGAUUAAAUGUGGAAUCAGUUAAAAUCCCAAUUCGAUAUUUUAUACUCGAAACUGACAGUCGGACAGGGAAAUUUUGAGGCAUUUUGAGCUCAACACCAGCAAAAGUACAGUAAAAUACUGUACGUAAUCAUAAUAGUUCCUCAAUACUUCCUAGAUUUAAAAUUGUUCCUGAAUCUGUUAUUAUUUUUUUAAAUGCAGCUGCCUUUUUUGGAUACGUUCUGCAGUGUGUAACCUGGUGUGUACAACAAGGCACUGAUAGAUACAGUUUCUUGGCCAAUGAUUACAGUACAAACUGCACUGAUUUACACUUUUAUGUUAUUUGUUUUGCUUUUAUUACACUGUUAAGCUGCUACAUUUUAUGUUGGUGUCCUAUCAGUAUUUUAAAUGUAUUGAGUUCAAACUCUUUCAGCAUUUAGUUUGAUACUAUAUCGGAUACAGGAAAGGUCACUCUAUAUUUAUGCUGCCGUACAUCUCAGUACAGUACAUCUCAGCUGGUCCCCCCCAUAUGUACAUCUGACAAGGUUAGAUGUCACCCACACAAAGUUUGGCUUGUCUGACUGCAAUACAUAGCAAUGCUGUCUUCACAAAUGUAUGUCAACUUCUAAAGAUCCGUUAAUCUUGUACCCACAGCGAGUGAGGCCCAUGAUUUACAGCACAAUGCAGGGUGGUUUGCUUUUGUUACAUCACAGCCUCGUUAACACACUUGCCCAAUUACGCAGAUGUGAAACCUAUACACAUAUAUAAUUGAUUGCUAUUGGUCUAAUUGCAUGACAUGUGGUUCUGGAGCAGGGAAAUGUGACGCCCUAAAGAAAGGCAAAAUGUUACCAACUGGUUCUAGUCGUCCUAGCAGUUUAUCCAAGGCAAUGAAGUAAGCAUUAUCAAAAGUCUAGGUUUGUCCCAAAGGUGUAAUUGUCAAUAAAGCAUGUGUCAAAUGGAUGUUUUAAGUGGUGGUUAGUCCAUACAAGGUGGCACGCGGUCGAGUGGUAAGCGCACAGACCUCACAACUAGGAGACAAGGGUUCAAUGUGCAUGUGCUCCCCGUGCAUGUGUGGGUUUUCUCCGGGUACUCUGGUUUCCUCCCACAUUCCAAAAACAUGCUAGGUUAAUUGGUGACUCCAAAUUGUCCAUCGGUAUGAAUGUGAGUGUGAAUGGUUGUUUGUCUAUAUGUGCCCUGUGAUUGGGUGGCGACCAGUCCGGGGUGUACCCCGCCUCUCGCUCGAAGACAGCUGAGAUAGGCUCCAGCACCCCCGCGACCCUCGUGAGGAAAAGCGGUAGAAAAUGAAUGAAUGAAUGAAUAGUCCAGACAAGGACCAAUCAGGGAGUUUCAAUGAGCGGACAGGAUGCUAAUCAAUGUCAUCACACUACCACCAUAUUUUACUGUUGGUAUGAAAGCAAUGUUACUUCUACACCAGAUGUAAUGGAUCCUUCCAAAAAGUUCAAAUUUUGUCUCGUCAGACCACAGAGCAUUUUUCCAAAUUGAGACAAGCCAUCUUGGAACUCUGGGCUGUUUUUCCCAGUGACUUUAACUGAGGCAAGUGAGGCCUGCAGUUCUUUGAAUGUUGUUGUGGGGUCUUUUGUGACUUCUUUGACAAGUCGCUGCACUCUUGGGGGUAAUUUUGAAUGGCUGGCCACUCCUGGGAAGGUUUCAGCACUGUUCCAUGUUUUUGCCAUUUGUGGAUAAUGGCUCUCACUGUGGUUUGCUGGAGCCCCAAAGUUUUGGGAAUGGCUUUAUAACCUUUUUGAGAUUGAUAGCUCUCAAUUCAUCUCAGCUAGUAAGUUAUGUUUUAACAAGACUACAAUCACUUUUUCCACAUAGUACCAUUUUCCCGCCUCCCUUAAUAAUAAAAAUGUUUCAUUUAAAAACUG